GGCUGUGACCCCGGCGGUGAGAGCGUGGGAGGCGCUGAGACAUGACAGCACCCCGAGCCCUCGCACUGCUGCUGCUGCUGCCCGUCCUGCUGGGCUGGGCCGGCAGCCACCCCGUCCCCAGGACGAAGAGCUUCCACAAGCUGCUGCUCAUCUCCUUCGACGGCUUCCGCUGGGACUACGACCAGGACGUGGACACCCCCAACAUGGACCGCCUGGCCCAGGAGGGCGUCAAGGCCAAGUACCUCACGCCACCCUUUGUGACCAUGACCUCCCCAUCCCACUUCACCACCAUCUCAGCUUCCACAGCCAACACCAACUUCCCCCAGGACUGUCGCUGGAUUGAGGAUCACGGAGUCAUUCACAACAUGAUGUUCAACACAGAGACACUGUGGAAGUACUCCUUCAAGACCACACAGAACAAGACUGAGUGGUGGGACAAUGGUGUUCUCCCCCUCUGGAUCACAGCCCAGAGACAGCCUAAGCUGUGCAUGCUACUUGGCAAAGGGGUGUGA